UAUACAAAAGUAUCCAGGCAUCAUCCUAGAUGAAGAAUGGAGAACAAAUAUCAGAAGGAAACGAAAAACUACAGAACAAAAACAAACAACAAAUGAAAAACAGAAACCUAUUGCAUCCAACGAAAACAAUAAUUUAAACAAAAGAAUAAGAAAAACACGAGUAAGUGCGUAAACACACAUUUUCGAAAUGACUUUUCACACAACACUACACAACAACCGUAUAAAGCUAAGGCGCGACCUACUACACCACGGAAUCAGAUGUGUUCCUUGAGAUUUUUUUUCUACAGACGAAAACAAACUCAAAAUCAUCGUCACAGAAUGAACGGUAACAAUGAUUGAACAAGUUUGAACAAAGCACGAAAUCGUUUCUUCGAUAAAAGUAAGAGAACAAUAUUUGUUAAGCGUUAAGCGUCUCUACUGCCGUUGUGCUCGUUCUCCUCUCGUUUUUAUUUAGAUUUUUUUGCCCUUCAACCCUCUUAGUAGGUCAUUGACGGAUGAGUGCGUUCUUCGUUGUAGGGUUUUCGUUGACUACUACGAUUAUUUGUAGCUAAAUUUUUAUAUCGAAAAUCGCAACACGUGAGUUUGAGGACGAGAGGGCGCGGCACUACUGACCGCAAACGGUACCGCGCGAUUAGUACAAUUAGCUAAAUUUAUUAACCGUGCAGAGAGAUUUCGUCAGAAUGCGUGCGGUGCCGGAAGCUGUGUUGCUCCUUGAGUGGCGCUUUCGAUUUCAAUCGGGUACCAGCACAAUGCAGCGCGUAAAAUUAGUUAAAAUAUGUCCCUUACCUUAGCUUGACGGAAUGCUUCUUAAGCAUUUCAUCUUCGACUGCAAGUGAAGGUAAUAUUGUUUGUUGCGAGCGAAAGAGAAACAUGGAAGCUAAGCAAGAAACGCUAAACGCACAGAGCUGUUCGGAGGAGGCUAAACGGAAGACGGUCGCCAGUGCGUGUACGAAAUGUGAGAAUAAUAUAUAUACAUACCUAUAUAUAAUGAAUUAUAUAUACAGACACAUUAAACACACACUCUCAUACACACAAAAACGACAUAAGGAAAGUAAUAGUUAUUAUAUUGUGGACGCAAGAAGCACAAGACGAAGGAGGAGAAUUAAGGACGAAGAGAUUUGGACUGCCUGCUGGAGAACAAACCGCGCAAACGACGGGGACGGGGACGGGAACGGUGGUAUCAUCCUGCGUUUGUACUGCUGUGAAUGUGUUAUGUGUGUGCGCGCACGUGCAGGAAGAAAAAAGCGUGAGAAUGCGAUUCUGUUUUUAGGAUGAUACAGAAAUAAACCAAAAAUUCCAACCAGUCUAACGAAGAUAACCCUGAGUAUGCGCUUGUGAUAUUUUAUAUUAACUCAGCAAAUCCACGUUGUCCGAGUUGACCCCGAUCCACUUUAUUCUGCAUAAGCAACCAGGAACGUAGACACUGUUACGCUUUACCGUAGAAUUUCUUCCUAAAAGCACCGGGCA